UGAUCAGCCUCUGCUCUUCUGGGUGCAUAAUUUUGGUAGUCAAAACCCACUCACAGCGUCAAGAUGAAGCAUGGUGAAGGUCCCUCUAGCUCUGUCGAGGCCGCCGAGGGCAGCAUGGCGGAGAAAGGCUCACUGGCAGCGGCGGUUGGUCCGCGGCGUUUCAUCGGGGGAGGAAUUAGCAGAGGGAUCGCCGUGGUCGACUUCCUCGUUCGCUUGGCCGCACUCGCCACGGCUCUGGCUGCGGCCAUCGCCAUGGGAACCACUCAACAGACCCUUCCUUUCUUCACUCAGUUCAUCCAGUUUGAAGCUAAUUAUGAUGAUCUUCCAGCUUUCUCGUUUUUUGUGAUUGCAACUGGAAUUGUGGCUGGAUACAUUGUGAUCUCCCUGCUCUUCUCAAUUUUGAGCAUAGUUCGACCUCGCGCGGCGUGCCCAAGGCUCACCCUUCUCAUAUUUGAUGUGAUCAUGCUUGCUCUGACAACAGCUGCUGCAUCUGCAUCCGCCUCAAUCGUAUACUUGGCUCACAAUGGAAACUCAAGCACCAAUUGGCUGCCAAUCUGUCAGCAGUUUGACAACUUCUGUCAGCAAACUAGCGGUGCCACUGUCGCUGCAUUCAUCACUGUAGUCCUGUUCAUCUUCCUUGUCAUGUUGUCUGCUGCAAUGCUUAGGAGGCACUAAGUUUGAUCUCUGUCCAUGUUACAGUAUGGUGAAUGUGAGUUUCAAUUCUACAAGUUUGUGGAUGUUCAUUGUAAGAGUCGGUUUGUGUUUUGUCUGUUGCUCAAUGGCAGGGGUUUUUCAUGUUUGGUAUACUGUUAUGCAAAGUUGAAUGAUGUUCACUACAGAAAAAAAUAAUAAUAAAAUUUAUGGCAGUUUGUG